AUGAACAAAGCUUCACUACUCCUCUGGGACGCCAUCUCCUACAUCAACGAGCUCCGUUCCAAGCUCCAAACUAUAGAGACCGAAAUCGAAACCAUAAAAAACGACCCAACCUCCACUCGACCGUCCGAUCACGAGAUGAUGUCCAUGAUAAACGGUGGAGAAGGCGCCAGGUGUAUUGGUGUAGAGAUUGAGGUCAAAAUCCUCGGUUCAGAAGCGAUGAUCCGGGUUCAAUGCAUCAAACGAAACCACCCUGCGGCUUGGCUCAUGGCGGCUCUGCGCGAGCUUGACAUGGACGUGCACUACGCCAGUGUGUCCGUAGUGAAAGAGCUUAUGAUACUGCAAACCACAGUGCGAAUGCUGAGCCGAGCCUUCACUCAAGAGCAGCUCAGAGUCUCAGCGCCGAACUCUACUCCAAAGUAG